AUGCAACGAAAACUAUCAACACCAACACCAACAACAUCUCGUUCUUCUUCAUCCGCCAGAAAUCUUAAUCCAAAUACAAUCGCUCUUCCAUCACCAAUAGUGAAUUCUGAAUUCUCAACUUCAUUAUUUUCCCUAAUUAAUAAUUAUACCAGUAUGAAUAAUUAUACAUUAAAUAAUCAUUUACAAAAUUCUCUUAGAAAUAGUUUUAAUCAUAGUAGAUCUAAUAGUAGUCAACAUACACCAAAAAGUUCCCAUUUUUCUAAAAAUAGUUCAAAUAGUAAUUUGUUGUCUAUAAAUAUAGAUUAUGAUGUACUGUCACAAGAUAAUGAUAUAAUCCCUGAAAGUAAGAGUUCUUCAACAAAUCUAUCUCGGAAUAGUCAAAGAUCCAUCUUACAAAAUUUAGUAUUUGGAAAUAAUAAAACCAAAAUUUUAGUUUUUGGUUCCAUCAAUAUUGAUGAUUUCUUUAAAGUGCCUCAUAUAGUUCAUAACGGAGAAACGAUAACCAGUAGCAGUUAUUUCCAAAGAGCAGGUGGAAAAGGUGUAAAAGUAUGGCAUGCAGGUAAAAUUGGUCAAGAUGGAAUUUGGAUUAAAGAAAAUAUGUCCAAACAAAAUGUUAAUGUGGACAAUAUUAUAGUUUCUAAUCAAGAAUCAACUGGACGUGCUUUUAUUCAACUUUCUCAAGAUACUGGAGAUAAUGCUAUAGUUUUACUUCCAGGAGCAAAUCAUAAAUUUAAUAUUGAGGAAGUAAAAAGUAUUUUAAAUCAAGAAUUUAAAAAAGGAGAUUGGUUGGUUUUACAAAAUGAAAUUGGAAUUAUAGAUUUAUUAAAAAUAUUAUCAAAAAAAUUUCCAUCAAUCAUUGGUAUCAUAAUUACAUUGGGAGAAAAAGGUUUAAUAGCUUGGUAUAAACCUGAAAAGAAAAUAUUCACUUUACCAUCUCUUAAAAUAAAAGUUUGUGAUACUACUGGAGCUGGUGAUACUUUUAUUGGUUAUUUUGUAGCUAGUUUAGUUAGAAAUCAACAAGAAAAAAUUAUUCAGGAAGAAGAUCAAAUAUUUUUAAUGGCUUUAAAAGAAGCUACGGUAGCGGCAGGUUUAGCUGUUAGUAAGUUAGGUGCAAUGGAAAGUAUUCCUCAUCUAACUGAUGUUCGGAAGAAUCUUAAAUCUAACAUCUAA